AUGCCUUUAUCGUUCUCCAGCGAUUUUUUUGCUGCUGCAGAAAUUGAUGUUGUGCUUUAUCCUACUGGCGGAUUUGAUGGGAAGGAUUAUCUGAAUUGCCUGACAUUUUUGUAUAUAUCAGUUCUGCAGAGCAAAUUGCAAGCAGAACUCAAAGAGAACCUGCCACUCACUGGUGUUUUGAGUGGAAAAUUAUAUGCUCUGGGUGCUUAUGAUGGCAGGACAAUGGUUUCAAGCAUCGAAAUUAUGAUUCACGUAUGGAUUAAGCUUCCUGUAGCUCUGACUGUUAAAUCUGAACUUCCAAGACUAAUUAAAAGCUACAAUCCUUCUUUGUCUUCCAGCAACAAUCCUUCAGAGGAGUAUGAUGUUUUUCUUAGUUUCAGAGGCACAGACACCCGCAACGGUUUCACAAGCCAUCUCCAUGCAACUUUGGAUCGUAAAGGGAUUAAUACUUUCAUUGAUAACCAAAUUGACAAAGGAGAUGAAAUUUCAUCAUUUCUUUUGAAUACCAUUAAAGCAUCAAAUAUUUCAGUCAUCAUUUUCUCAAAAAAUUAUGCAUCUUCUAGAUGGUGCCUCCAAGAACUUGAACAAAUCCUUUACUGCAAGAAAAUAAAAAAGCAGAUUGUUAUACCAAUUUUCUAUCACGUAAAUCCAUCGGAUGUGAGGAAUCAAACAGGAAUUUUUGGAGAUGGAUUAGCUGAGCUUGAAAAACGUAACAAGGUGAAGUUAGAGACGCUACAGAGAUGGAAGACUGCUUUGAAUGAAGCAGCUAGUCUAAGUGGCCAUACUAUAAGUUAUCAAAAGCCUGAAUCUAAACUUCUAGAAGAAAUUGCCGAUGAUAUUUUGGAGAAACUAUAUAAAUUGUCUCCAAGUGAUUAUGGGGACUUGGUUGGAGUAGAGUUUCCCAUAAAAAAAAUAGAGUCUUUGUUGCACAAGGGAUCAAAUGGUGUUUCCAAAAUAGGAAUUUGGGGCAUAGGUGGUGCUGGCAAGACAACUAUUGCCCGUGUUGUAUUCAACAAAAUUUUGAAUCGUUUUGAAGGAUCAUAUUUUGCUGAAAAUGUUAGGGAAGAGUCGGAGAAAAGUGGGAGAUUAACUCACUUGCAAGAAAAACUUCUUUCCAAAAUAUUAAAGGACAAAGAUCCCAAUUUAGGACUCACCUUCACAAGAGACAGACUUAAAAAAAAGAAGGUUCUCAUUGUUUUUGAUGAUGUAACAUCUUUACAACAGAUAGAAAAUUUGAUUGGAAAUCUUAAUUUGUUGAGCUCAAAAAGUCAAAUUAUCAUAACAACAAGGGAUAAACAAGUGUUGAGAACUUGUAGAGUAGAUGAUGCUUAUAUAUACGAGGUUAAGGGACUAAGUAAGAAGGAAGCUCAUCAACUUUUUAAUCAAUAUGCCUUUGAACAAGGCUCUCCUACUGAAGAUUAUAUUAAGCUAUCAAACCUAGUAGUAGCAUAUUCCAAAGGCGUUCCGUUGGCUCUUAAAGUGUUGGGUUGCCAUUUGUGUUCCAAGGAAAAAGAAUUUUGGGAAAGUGCAAUAAAAAAACUGGAAAAAUGUCCUCUUUGGGGUAUUCAUAAGGUAUUAAAAGUUAGUUAUGAUGGACUUGAAAAAGAGGAGAAGGAUUUAUUUUUAGAUAUUGCAUGUUUCUUUAAAGGGGAACAUAGAGAUUCAGUGAUAGAAACUCUAAAUGCUUGUGACAUUUAUGCAAAGCAAGGAAUACAAGUUCUUAUUGAUAAGUGUCUCGUGUUUGUGACAUACUUCAAUGAAAUAACAAUGCAUGAUUUGCUUCAAGAAAUGGGUAGGGAAAUUGCUCGAGAUGACUGCAAACACAUUCGACUAUGGCAUCAUAUGGAUAUCAUCAAAGCAUUUAAAAGAAAAAAGGAUAUCUAA